AUGGAAGACGCCAUUAACCAAUUACAAGAUUUGGGAGUGACGAGAGGUCAAGCGAAAAAAGCAUUAGCCAGAUACAAUAAUGAUGUUGCUCGUGCAGCCGAUUUUAUUUUUUCUGGAAAUACUAUUAGUGAUGACGAAGCUGAGGAGGUUAGGAUAUACACGAAUGACGAAGCUCUUGCUCUUAGACUAAACGCCGAGGAGGAAGCAGCAGCAGCAAAAGUAUACCCUGAACCCGCAAAAAAAAUACAGCCACUUGCAGACGACUCAGACUCAUGGAGCGUCGUACCUUUCCAAAGCCCAAGUUAUACUAGACCCGUUACUCCAGAAGCCAUCAUUUCCAAAGAGUCAUCACUUACUUGGUGGAAAGAUCCGGAGGAUCCGAAUGAUAGAAUAGCGUUGGAUGAUGUACCUAUAGGGCUUCGACCACCAUCAUACAACUUCGCAUAUUCACCCAUUUUAAUACAAGCGCUAUUCCACGUCUCUGCAUUUCGAUAUGCGGUACUUUCAUUCAGACCAAUUCCAUAUAGCUGGGGAACUCCCGCAAAUUACUGGAAGGGAUUUGGAGAGCCUGUUCCCGGUUACAUUAUGAGGGAUGAUUUGAUCUCAUUUGAGGAUUCAUCCAAAGAGAAUACUGACGAAGGAGAUAAAAGUACUGAUAUAAAUGAAAGUAUUGUAGAGGCUGAUCUACCACCUCGUAUCGUUGAAACGCCGAUAGACGAAACGGUAGAAUUUGUGGAAUUUGUUGACAAUGAACUUCAACUCAUGCCAAAAUGCGUGCAAACUUUAGCCGAAAUGCAAAAGAUAUUUGCAUUUUUGAGCAACUCAAAAAGACUAUAUGGUAGUGUCUCUCAUUAUGUAAGAGCAUUAAAUACAAAAUUAGCGACAAACAAUUGGGAGUUCAGUGACAAGACAUUCGAUGGUAGAAAUAAUACGUGGUGUAUCAUAAAUAGACUUGACUACUCACGUACAUGUCUUUAG